AUGGGCACAAAAGAGUGCGCAAGCACCCCAACCUCGCCCCCACUCUCAAGCGCAAUUCCUCCGUCAUACAACGAUGUGAGCGGCGCAGUCGUCAUUGGCGCCGACGGCAAGCCUCACUUUCUAUCCGCAGAAGAAGAAGUAGACCGGCGAUUGCGACUGGAACAAGCAGUCCGCGAAAAGAUGCUAGGGCUACCACGAACAACGCAAUUCGAAUGGCCACAAGGUACAUCAACCGAGCAAUUACCGGCCUAUUCACCACGGGAAGAGAAGAUAUGA